GCACCUCUCUCGUCCUCACCAUUGUCUACUCAACUGCAAAGCUCACACAGUUUAUUCAGUUACCGGCGCCAAACUGAUCCAGUUUCCUUCACCAACAUCCAGACCCAGCUCAAUGGCUUCUUCUUCCGUGCUGCCAAUUGGAGGAGGCGUGGGCGCCGCCGUGCUCACCGGCGGCACAGCUGCCGGCAAGGCUCUUGCUCCCAGGCCGUGCUUCCUCGCCGCUCGCCCAAACGCCGUCAACGGAGGCCGCCUCCGCGUGCAAACCCCUCCCAGAUCGUCUCCGGCGUACAAGAACGCCGCGAACGCCACCGACGACGCCAUCCAGAACGUCAAGGGGGUGGCCGGGAAGGCGGCGGACAAGGCCUCGGACGCGAAGAACAGCGCGGCGGAGACAGCGGGGAAAGCCUCUGGGAAGGCGCAGAAUAUGUCCGAGGGCGCCGCGGGCAGCGCGGGCGAUGCUAAGGACAGGGCGGUGGAGGGUGCCAAGAGCGCCGGCGAGAGCAUGACGGAAACGGCCAAGGGUGGCGCGAGCAAGGUGGCCGAGACGGCGCAUGACCUCGGCGGGAAGGCGAAGCAGACGUCAGAGGAAGCGUGGGACGCGACCAAGGACGCCGCGCAGUGCAUCACGGACAAGGUCGCCGCCGCGGCUAAGGAUCUGAGCUGAAAAUUUGCUAAAAUUUCACAGUUCUGUCAGAUCAUAGGAGCUCUGUAAUAUAA